AUGUCGAUACCAAGUGAAGAAUAUGAUAGCUUUUACCCACAAAUGAUGUGUUUGAGCUCUUCAUUUUGCUAUUUGGGUGGUUAUACAAAUACUCCAUAUGCAAUUCCUGCUGGAAUGCUUUGUGCCAAACAUGUAUUACCAGCACAGGUAACACUGUUUAUUGCUUACAGCCUGAUAUGUACAGCAUCCUCUAGAAAUCUUGGCGCAUGCUAUCAAGGAUGGACUUGGCUUUCUGAUCUUUGCUACAUAGUAGAACAUACUCCUUUGUCUUGGGAAGAUGCAAGGGAACGUUGUAUUGCCAUUGAAGGACAUCUUGUACAGUUUGAAGACAUACCUCAGCAAACAGAGGUUCAGAAGAUUUUGUUUUCUAAUAUGAAUGAUGACGUGUGGAUCGGUUUGAAAGCAAAUAAAUCUGGUUGGACCUGGACAGACAGUCAGAGUAACCAGUAUAACAGUUUCAAAGACCAAACACAAGACAAUGGCCAAUGUGUGAUGAUGGAUAGAAGAUUUUGGUAUGAAACAAAUUGCAGCAAUAAUCAUCCCUUUGUAUGUCAGACUGCACCCACAGAAUGUAAUAUUGCAGAUGAAUGGCUGUUAACACCAAGCUAUCACUGUAUCAAGGCACAACAGGCAAACACAACUUGGUACAAAGCCCGAAAAUAUUGUGAAAAAUACAACGCUGAUCUUGUUUUAUGGGAUAGCAAUACUGAACUACAGAUGUUAAACAAUAUAAGCAUCAGGUACAAUAUAGAUAUGAUAUGA